AUGAUCGGAGGCCUGAGUAAGCAGCAGAUUCAGAUGAUUAAUUCGAUCGACCCGGCGAAUCGGCAGGUGGCGUUCUCGGGCUUUUCGCUUUCGAUUUCUUUACAGGAUCGCGUUCGUGAGAUCGAGACGUGCAUGCUGAAGUUUGCCAGCUUACCUCAGUAUUCCAUGGGCUCGCCGGGGCCAGAGGCGCACCCGGGGGACUCGGCGGCACAGCUCCGGCAACAGCGUGCGGCGGAGCCCCGCCGCUGCGACCGCCGGAGGCGGGGGCGAGAGCUGCGCUCCUGCUCCCACCCGGAAAAGGUGGAGCAGGUCUACAGGCUGGAACCGCUCGAGCCCGACGCGCCGCUGGAAGCGGAGGACGUGGUGCUGUGCCGGCUGCCCUGGGGCCUGGACCUGGCCGCCCUGGAGGAGCUCCACUGUGAGCUGGAGGACCUCCGGGUGGAGCACAAAGAGCUGCAGCUGCAGUAUAGCCGCACCAAGGAGGCGCUGAUGGCGCUGAGCGCCAGCGCGGAGGCCAACAUGGCUCUGGAGUGCGGGGGCGACAUCGCACCGCAGGAGGUCCAUCAGCUGCGCCUGCAGCUCGCGGAGAGCGAGCGCAACCAGCAGGAGACGAAGGCCACCGUGAUCGCCCUGCGGGGCGAGUUUAUGCGGCUAGUGGAGGUGUGGAGCGACGCCGGCGGCCCAAAGCGCGCUGGGGACCUGGCUUUCCCUGCGCACGACGCCGAGGCGGCGCGGCUCGCAGGCCUGGGCGGCGCGCCCGGCGGCCGAGGCGCCCGGCGCUCGCUGCACGGCGCGGCCGAGGCCCUGCGCGCGGCCCGCGCGCCCGGCAGCAGGCCCGCCUCGCAGGCGCCCACGCCCGCCGCGCGCGGCGGCGGCGCGGUCUCGCCGGCGCAGCGGGAGUUCAAAACGAUGUGCUGCAGCAGGAAGCGCGGAGUCACCGUGGCCUCGACCUCCAGCGGGCUCGAGCAAGAGGGUCGCUCCCUGGGCGCCCUGCCAUGCCUUCCUGUGUGCGCCACCAGCAGCCACGGGUCGCAGCCGAGGGACCGGCGCCGGCUGCGCCGGCGCCGGCGCCGCCAGAACGCCCGGCAGCGCCGUCGCCAGCGGCAGGCGCAGUGUCGGCCCCGCGGGGGCCGCGCCGAGGAAUCGAUGACUCGCGCCGGCGCGGGCGUGCCGGGCGAGCUCCUUGGGGCGUCCUUCGCCAGGGUGCAGCGAGCGGCCGCGCCCGGCGCCUGCGGCCGCACCCUCGUCGGCCUCGCCGCGCUCGCGGGCGCUGCGGCGGCGCCCUGGCGUCGAGCCUCCCGCGGCGGGCCUCCCGUGGCGUCGAUGCGGCCGCCUGCGCUGGCCGCGGUGGCGGCGCUGCCGGGCGGCGCGGGUGGCACCCUCGCGACCAUGCUGCGCUGGAGCUUCGUGGUGAGCCUGGACCUCGAGCCGGGCGCGGGGCGCGGGCCCGGCGGCGCGCCGGACGGCCAGCCGCUCUCGAUCGCGCUCGCGGGGGGCAAGCAGAAGCUCGAGUGUCGCCUGCCCGCGGCGGGCGGCGGCCGCGCGGCCCAGGAGGCGCAGGCGCAGCGGCAGCGGCGCAGUAUCGGCGCCAAGCUGGCCCAGCUCCGAGGCUACUGCUGGACGCUGCUGCGCGACGGCUGGGAGUAUCAGGUUUGCCCUGGCGAUGGUGUCAAGCGGCGCAUGUCCGACGCGCCUGCAUCCAGAGGACAGGGGUGGCAGUCCCUGGGCAGCCACGUCGCCGAAGCAGACGCUCUGCGGGCCGACGGCGGUGUUACGGAGCUCUUCCUCGGCGGCGCGGGCAACGCGAGCUCCGAGAUCUGGUACGUGUGCGGCAGUUCGGGAGCCGAGAAGCAGACUAUCUCGCUGGAGAUCUCCGAGGGGGAGCUGCCGGUGUACUCCUGGAGCAUCUCCGGGCCCGCUUUUUGCUCGUGGGGUGGGAGGUCUGGCAGCCGGGCGACGACUCUGGCUGGCGAGGAGAUACAGGCGUCAGCCCUGCUGGAAGAUCUGCGCGGCUCCUGCCUCAACCUCACGAGGGGCUGGUGGUCCUACGAGUACUGCUUCCCCGGGAGGAUCACGCAGUUCCACCAGUGGCCCUGGGGCAGGCGGGAGCCCGAGCACUCGCUGGGCAGCAUAGACAUGACAGGCGCCGAGGCUGGGGUGGACAGGGUCCAGAUGAGCAUAGUGCGCCUCAAGCCGGGCCAUCCGCGGGCAACGCCCUCCGCACGCCGCGCGCUCUGGCAGCGGCUGGAGGGCGGCAGCGUCUGUGACGAGACGCAGCGUGCACGCGCAACCAGCAUGCUGUUCCGGUGCCCGCCGAACUGGCAGUCCCGACCGAGGGCUCGCAUAGCCAGCGUAGAGGAGACGUCCGUCUGCGAGUACGAGGUGAGGGUCGAGACGGUGCUUCUCUGCGGCCACGACAUGUUUUUGCCGCCUCCUCCCCCGGAGGAGGAGACCAUACAGUGCACGGCUCGGCGGGAGGACCUCUGA